AUGUCUCUUAUGGCUUUGAUGAUUAAUUUUUGGAAAACGGCACGGAAUAUCAAAGACAUAAGCGAUGUAAUGGUUCCGGAUAUAUCGCUAAUUGAAGUUAUGCAGUUACUGUCUGAUGGAAACGUAAACAGUACAGUCAUUAUUAAUGAUGUUGAGAAGUUAAUUAUUGAACGUCAAAAAAAUCAUCUUCGUGGAUAUUGGCGACGUGUUAAAGAUGAUUCGUCGAUACCAUCAAAUUAUGAUUUUCAUGCAUAUGGUUCAUAUUCUCAAAUGGUGAAUUGGAUGAAAACAUUAGCAAAACGUUAUUCAUUUGUGCAGUUGAUUUCGAUUGGAAAAACACAUGAAAAUCGAUCUAUUAUUGGACUUGAAGUACCUUAA